AUGUCGACUGCUGCGCCCCCCGAUCAGGGCCUGGCCUUUACUGGUACGCCCGAUCUCAGCAAGGAGGAUCUCUGGCGUUUCCCCGCGUUUCGGAUUUGGCUUUCGACCCUACAACAUUCGCUUGAGCAACAGCGCAAUCCGUCCCAUGAAUUCUUCAAGGAUCCCUACGUUCUACGCAGAAUCGACGUGCAGGCCGUCGACUUUUUCGGCGGGGGUCGUCUGGGGUUCGUGAAGUUGAAAGCUGGCGUGUCAAAUGACCGCGGGGAAUCGCUUCCGGGCAGCGUGUUCCUGCGGGGUGGCAGUGUAGGAAUGCUGCUCAUCCUCCAGCCCGACGAUGUGCCUCCGUCCAACGAAGAUGAGAAGCGAGCAAUUCUCACGGUCCAGCCUCGAGUUCCUGCCGGUUCACUUGCAUUCUCGGAGAUCCCUGCCGGUAUGCUUGACGACAGCGGAUCAUUUGCCGGCGGUGCAGCCAAGGAGAUUCAGGAGGAGACGGGGCUGGUCAUUCCCCAGGAUGAACUCAUCGACAUGACAUCCCUAGCGUCGCAGUUGACUGCCCGAUCGGAAAAUGAAGGACCCCUCCAAAAUGCGGUAUACCCGUCAGCCGGAGGGAGUGACGAGUUCAUUCCUUUGUUCUUGUGCCAGAAACGCAUGCCACGGGGUGACAUCGACGCAUUCCAGGGCCGAUUGACGGGUUUGCGACAGGAAGGGGAGAAGAUCACGUUAAAAAUCGUACCGUUAAAGGACCUGUGGAAAGAAGGGUUGCGGGAUGGCAAGACUUUGGCAGCUUGGGCCUUGUACAAAGGGCUCCAGGAGGAAGGUCGUAUUUGA